UUCUUUGCAUUGUUUUGAUUUUUGUUCAGCGGCUGCCUCUUAAAUAUUUUAAUUAUUUUAUUAUUGUGUGUUUUUGAAACUGAUCCAAUAAUAUCCAAUAAUCCUACUGCUCUUAUUAUUUAACACGCAUAACUCUCUCUUCGCUAUGUCUAUAACAACACUGUAUUAUUUGCAACUCAAGAAAGAAAAUGCUCAUGAUGAUGCGAUUUGGUGUUGUAGCUGGAGUCAAAUUAACCACGAGAAGAAUAAAGAAGUGAGUGAGAACCCUGAAAAUGUUGAAAACUCACAAGAUUCCAAUCACUCCCAAGAACCACCAGAGAACUAUAUUAUAACUGCGGGAUUGGAUGAUAUUAUCAAAGUAUGGCAAUUAGAAAAUGGAAAGUUGGAAAUUAAACAUCAGCUGGAAGGGCACUCUUUGGGUGUCAUUUCAGUGGUAGUUAGUCGCGAUGGUAAAACCCUAGCUAGUAGCUCUCAAGAUUCUUCACUAAUAUUAUGGGAUAUAGCAUCAGGAGAGAAAAUAAAAACCAUGGAAACAGAAAACAUAGAUGUGUGGACUCUAGACUUUUCCCCCGAUGGCAAGCAUGUAAUAUCUGGUAGUAAUGCUGGCAAAAUUUUAAUAUUCAGUGUAGAAAGUGGCAAGGAGGAACAAACCUUGGACACAAGAGGAAAAUUCACACUUAGUGUAGCUUAUAGUCCAGAUGGGAAAUACAUAGCAAGUGGAGCAUUAGAUGGCAUUAUCAAUAUCUUUGAUGUGGCGCAAGGAAAGCUUGUACAUACUCUCGAAGGACACGCCAUGCCUAUCAGAAGCCUAUGCUUCUCUCCAGACUCGCAGCUUUUAUUGACUGCUUCAGAUGACGGACAUAUGAAACUUUAUGAUGUGGUACACGCUAAUUUGGCCGGUACAUUAUCCGGACAUGCGUCUUGGGUGUUAUCAGUAGCAUUUUCACCAGACGGCAAACGAUUUGUUUCCAGCAGUUCCGAUAGAACUGUGCGUGUUUGGGAUUUGGAGAGCAUGGAAUGUCAACAUGUAUUUAAAGAACAUACUGAUCAGGUUUGGGGUGUGAAAUUUAAUGCAGAAAGCAAUAAAAUUAUAUCAGUAUCUGAAGACAAAACUCUCAAUAUAUAUGACUGCCCAUUAUAACUUAUCAGUGAUAUUUUUAAUAUAUAUUAAAAUAUUAUAGGUAUUAACUCGUGUUCAAUUAUUUGAUUGAAAUUCUUGUUCAUAAAAUAAAGUGACAAUUAUUUUCGAA